AUGGCACCGACAAUUCGGAUCGGCUAUGUGCCCGAGCACUACUUGACUCCCCUCCAUCUCGCCCUCCGCUCCCCGGCCGUCUCCUCGCUCCCAUUCGAGGUCUCCUUGACCCCGUUCCCGUCUGGCACGGGCCAUAUGAUCACAUCGCUCCGCAGCAAUGAGAUCGACAUCGGCAUCGGCUUGACCGAGGGCUGGGUGGCCGGCCUGGCCGGGAAACAGCAGUCGCAGCAAAACCCUGCCGACGGGGGAUACAAGGUGGUCGGCCACUGGGUGGACAACCCUCUGCGAUGGGCGAUUGUGACCGGUCGCAAUCGGGACGAGGUCAAUGGCGUGUCGGAUUUGCAGGGCCAGAGGGUUGGCGUGAGCCGAUUGGGAAGCGGCUCCCAUAUCAUGUCCUUUGUGCUUGCCCAGCAACAGGGCUGGAAACCCGACUCCCUAACAACCGUACCCCUAGGCCCCUUCGGGUCCCUGCGGAAUGGAGUCACAGGCCACGACGAAGCACAGCCAGAGCAACCGGCCAACCCGACGGCCGAGUUCUUCAUGUGGGAGCACUUCACCACCAAGCCAUACUUCCACGCAACGUCCCAACAGCCAAGCCCGCCGCUCAAGAAAAUUGGCGAGAUCUUCACGCCGUGGCCGUCGUGGAUGAUCGUGGCCUCGACGCCGACUUUUCCGGACCCGGAGCACGACCAGCGACUCCAACACCUGUUCCAGGUCCUGGACCAGGGCAUCAAGGACUUCGAGUUCGAUCUGCCCCAGGUAGUGAAGCUCCUUGGAACCGGCGAGCUGGGCUGCACCUAUAUUGAGGAGGAUGCCACCGAGUGGCUGAAAGACGUCAACUUCACCACCGGCACUCGCGGCGUGGACUGCAAGGUUAUUGGGGGCGUCGUGGACGUGCUCAAGGUUGCGGGUGUGAUUGACCCGGCCAUGAGCAAUGACGAGGCUAUCCGUCGGGUCGUGGGAAUUACACGGUAG